CAGAGAAUGACGAAAUGGGCUGCGUCGAAAUAAUCGCAACAGCGAUUUCCAUCAUUGUUAUGGUACUCACCUUUCCCAUCUCCGUAUUUGUGUGCUUCAAAGUUGUCUCUGAAUAUGAGCGUGCCGUAAUCUUUCGCAUGGGUCGGCUACGCAGUGGUGGCGCUCGUGGUCCUGGCGUCUUCUUCGUGCUACCCUGCGUAGAUGACUAUUGCAAAGUGGAUCUUCGUACAGUUUCGUUUGAUGUGCCACCACAAGAAGUGUUAUCCAAGGAUUCGGUUACUGUGACUGUAGAUGCAGUAGUUUAUUAUCGCAUCAGCGAUCCUCUCAAAGCUGUAAUACAAGUGUCCAAUUAUAGCCACUCAACGCGUUUGCUAGCUGCCACAACACUGCGCAAUGUGCUAGGUACCCGAAAUUUGUCCGAACUGUUGACGGAGCGCGAAACUAUUUCGCAUACAAUGCAAGUAUCGCUAGAUGAAGCAACCGAUCCGUGGGGAGUGAAAGUCGAACGUGUAGAAAUCAAGGACGUAUCUCUACCAACCGCUUUACAGCGCGCCAUGGCAGCCGAAGCCGAAGCAGCUCGGGAGGCGCGCGCAAAAGUGAUCGCGGCUGAAGGUGAAAUGAAGUCAUCGCGGGCAUUGAAGGAAGCUUCAGAGAUUAUUUCUGCGAGCCCAUCAGCAUUACAGCUGCGAUAUCUACAAACGCUUAGCAGCAUUUCAGCCGAGAAGAAUUCCACUAUAAUAUUUCCCCUGCCAAUGGAAUUGUUGACACCAUUUCUGGGACACUGCACAGCGACACACACCUGUAGGCUUCAUGCCGCCCAAGGAGGUAACCACCAGUGACGAUCACUGCUAGGAGAGUAUCUUAAUGCUCUGAGUCGUUGUGAAAUCGCCUACAGCAGCGGUAGACCUACCUCCCAAACGAAUAAUAUACCAUGAGCCAUAACACUGUGCAUGGUGCAGAAGAAUUUUGCAAAAACUUAUAUAAAAUUAGGAAAUCAAUAAGUGUGAGAAUAAAAAUA